CAUAACAGAUGGUAAAGAUAGAAACAAUAAACAAAAAAGUAGCUACUAAAAAAAAGCUAGCUGUCCACUGCCUUUUGCCUCUCCCCUUUACUUUUCUUUAAAACUUCACUCUUCCAAACACAAUUUCAAAAAACCAAGUACACCAAACAUAUUCAUUAUCAUCCUUAAUAUUCAUCAACUCUCAAGAUCUGAAUUUAAAGUAGCUCAAACAACAUUCAAGAAGAAGCUCAACAAUAAGCAAAAAGCUCGCCUAAUUUUGAUUUUCAGUUCAAAUACGAAACGUGAAAGCCUGACCUAACUAUCCUUUACACCUUUGAAAUUCGAAGAAAGAAAAUAUAACAGCAUGAAAGGUAGAAAGUGUAAAGAAGCUCCUUCAACAGAUCUAUUAGUCUGUUUUCCUUCAAGAGCUCAUUUAACACUCAUGCCAAGUCCAGCAACUCACCAUCAUCAUCAUCUAAGAAGAUCUAACACAAGAGGUAUUGGUCCUGCUGGACAAGCUAGUCCAAUGUAUUGGGCCAAAUCAAAGAGAACAGAGAUAUCAGAGCCUACAUCACCAAAAGUCACUUGUGCUGGACAAAUCAAAGUAAGGACAAAACCGAAAUCAUGCAAGAUCAAGAAUUGGCAAUCAGUAAUGGAAGAGAUAGAGAAACUACAUGUUAAGAAACACAAAAAGAAAAAGAAGCCUGUUUGGAUGGAAGCAAUGGGGUUCAAGAAGGACGCGAUGCAGUUCCUGACAUGUUUGAGGAAUAUAAGGUUUGAUUUUCGAUGUUUUGGUUCGUUUAAUACAGCUGAAACGGAUAUUAUUACUUCGGAUGAUGAUCAAGAAGAUGAAGAAGAGGUUGAAGAAAAUGAUAAUGAAGUUGUUUCGAGAACUGUGUUCUCGAAAUGGUUUAUGGUUUUACAAGAAAACCAGAAAACAGAGUACACAAAAACAGAGGAAACAGAGUGCUCUGUUUUUGAGGAUCAUGAUGAUGGUACUUCAUGUGCACCACCACCACCAAACGCGCUUUUGCUUAUGCGUUGUCGUUCUGCUCCAGCAAAAGGUUUGGUGGAGCAAAAACACGACGAAGAAGGAGAAGAAGAAGAAGAAGAUGAUGAUGAUGAACAGAAGGAUGUAAAAUCAAGAAUGACAGAAUCGGAGAGUACUAAAAAGAAUAAGAAAAAUUUAGUGGUGAUGAGAUAUGGGAGCGAUUUGUUCAAAUUUUCAUCUGAUAUAGCAAAGGAGAAUUGGGUUGUGGGUGGAAUUAAAGAUCAAUUGUCAAGAAGUCGAAGUUCGAAGAGGUAAAUUAACAUCGUGAUGAACAGGUGUCUCUAACGCUAUUCCUGUAACGGGAUCACCUUUGAUCGGAUUAUUGCGCAGAAGCUCUAGUGUGAGACAAAUCUACUUCGACUCUAGUUCAAGGUCAUUGCUCUUUGGCCAAAUAUUCCACUUUUGUUCUGAAUUUUCUUAAAGCUUCUUCAAAUACUAGUGUUUAAAUUUUUAAUGUUUGAAUUAUGUUUUUGUAAUGUGAACUCUGAAGAAGUGAGCUUUUGGUUUUUGAUCCUUCUGACUUCUGAGGGCUCACAUAGCUAGAAGUGUACGUAGAUGUGUAAUUCUGUAUAGUACCUUUUUUGUCAUUUUUUUUUCUUUUCCUCAUCUCUGGUUGUUUACUGAACCAAUAUACAAUCUUAGGAUAUAUUUUUAA